ACCGCAAUAAAAACUUAGUGUUUUCAAUUCGUUUGACAUUGACACUGACAAGUAAUAGGGUAGAAUUGUUUAUGGGCAUGGACGCUAUAUUUCAUUUUUAUUAUAAGCAACACAAUAGUUAAAUAAAUUUGCUGAAGAAUUAUAAAAGAAAUCCAAAUCUGUUUAAUCCCAUCUCGUGAUCUCCCGAUUUAAGGAGACUUAGGUUAAAAUGUCACGAAGGAAUUGUAAAAUUAGGGCAUUGUCGGAUUCAGGGGUAGGGUGGGGACUUAUAGAUCCGUUGCCAAGCAACAUACACUAAUAAAGUACUUCAACGCAAGAAACCGAAAGCAAAUUAUUAAAGUUUUGUAAUGGCUGAUGAGUUGCAAAAAGCACAUUUAUAUUAUGACGACAUCAAUAAGAUAAGGAUAUUAGAGCAAGAUGUUCUUAAGGAUACUGAAGAUCUGCGGGAUACAUGUAAAGAAUAUGAAACCAAGGUGAAGGAUUUUGGAAAGAUAAUAAGUACAUUGUUAGAGACGCUUAAAGAGUUGGGAGAGAACGUCGAGAAACAGAAAAUGGCAGCUAUAGGAAGUAUGAAUCUCUUGAAGUCUAUAACAAAGCAAAGAGAAAACGAUCAAGCUAAAUUACAGAACGAGAUAAGUGAAAGAUCCAUGCUACUAGAACAGCUGGAUGCAGAAUAUGAUUCUUUGCAAAUAUUAGAAGCAAGUCAAAUGGAAACCAUAGAAUAUUUGACAGCACUACGAUAGUUCCUUGGUAUGAUAAUUACCAUCGGCAUUUCUAGAACUUACCAGUUAGAUUAAAAAUCGAAUGCACUAAAAGUUGUUCCUCUAUGAUACGAUAAAUUCAUUUAAAGAAAACCAUUUAAGUGAGUACAAAUGUAAUUUUCAUUUAAACACACCAAAUAAAAACAGUUCUAUAAUGAAACCAGUUUUGCAGACAACCGAACCUAGACUGGUCUAUUUUUAUUUAAGAACAUAACAUAAACAUUUAAGUCUAACCAUGAUUUUCUUUAUUUUUACCAGAAGUUGACUAUAAAUUGGAGAAAUACAAUUUUACAAACCUGUGAUUACAAAAAUAUAACUACA